AUGGAUACUAGUUGGAUUGAUUUACGCAAUGGGGAUCCUGCUUAUUAUAGUGGUUGCUUGAAAUUCAUGGAACUUGCGAAGGAGACUCUUGUUGAAGGAAAAACACGAUGUCCGUGUAACAAGUGCAAGUUAAAUAAAUGGCACUUCGUAGAAGAAGUUGGAGGACAUAUUUUGCUUAACGGUUUUCUUAAAAAAUAUCGAAAUUGGGUUUUUCAUCGUAAAGUCAAUGAAGGGAGAAAUAGCUUUGAAACCCCUAGUGGUCUAGGAAAUGCAGUAGGUCAAGAUGACAUGGGAGAGUUGCUAAGAGCAGCUUUUUGUGUUGACAAUUCAGAGUCGCAUAAUGAAUCGCAAGGCAUGCCCGAAGAUGAAGUUUUUUAUGACAUGCAUGAGGAGUUUGAUUUUCAUUGUGAGGUAGAUAAUGAAUUUCCAUCAAGUAACUCAGGUGAAGAAGAUGCUAAGUGUAAACGACUAAUGGAAGCCGCUGAUGAGGUUUUAUAUGAGGGAUGCACUACUUUCUCAAAGUUAUCCUUUAUUUUACACUUGUUUCACCUUAAGUGUAUGUUCCACUGGUCCGCAGAGUCAUUUACUAAAUUGCUUGAACUUCUAAUAGACGCAUUUCCUCAAAAUAAGGAGUUUUCAUCGUCUUAUUAUGAAGGAAAGAAGAUAGUGAACGAUUUGGGGUUAGGAUAUGAGAAAAUCGAUGCAUGUCCAAAUAAUUGCAUUUUAUAUUGGGGUGUAUUUGCAGACAAAGAUGGGUGUCAUGUUUGCCAUACAUCAAGGUGGAAAACAGUGAAAGAAAAGGAGGAUAAUAAAAGUGAGAAAGGAAAGAAAAUAUGUAAGAAGGGCGAGCCAGCUAAAGUAAUGCGAUAUUUUUCUCUUAUACCUAGGCUAAAGAGACUCUAUAUGUCAUCUAAAACAGCUAAGGAUAUGAGAUGGCAUUUUGAACAUAAAGAUGAUAAGAUCUUAAGGCACCCGUCGGAUGGUGAGGCUUGGAAAAGUUUUGAUAAAAGAUAUGUAGAAUUCGCCGAAGAUCCUCGUAGUGUUAGAUUAGGUCUAGCGAGUGAUGGUUUCAAUCCAUAUCGUCUAAUGAAUACCAAUUAUAGUACAUGGCCGGUGAUUUUGAUUCCUUAUAAUUUGCCACCGUGGCUUUGUAUGAAGCCAUCAUCAUUCAUUUUGUCCUUGCUUAUUCCCGGAAAACAUAGUCCUGGGAUGGAUAUUGAUGUGUAUUUGCAACCAUUAAUCCACGAGUUAAAGUUAUUGUGGGAAGGUAUUCCUGCCUUUGAUGCGCAUAGUGGAAAUAAAUUUAAGAUGCAAGCAGCCUUACAUUCCACUAUAAACGACUUUCCGGCAUAUGCUAUGUUGUCCGGUUGGAGUACAAGAGGGGUUGCUCCGGUCCCUGCAAGUGGGAUAGACAUUUUGAAGGAAGUAGAAAAGGUUAAGUAUGUUUAUGGACAAUCAAAGAAAGCACAACCAAAGAAAAUAUCUAAAAAAAGAAAGAGACUUCAAGGUGGAACUUCUCAUGAUGAGCCGGAUGAUGAUGAUGGUGGUGAAGAGGAAGCCAAUGUUAUUUGGAAAAAGAAAAGAACUCUUUUAGAUAUGGAUAAAAGUAGAGAUGAUAAGCAAGCAAGACGGGCUCUCAAAGACAAAAACAUAAAAUCUCAUCUUUGGCCUCAAUCUGAUCCAAAUCGUGUUAAUGACCAUUUGCCUCCCGCUGAAUACACCAUGUCUACAGAAGAGAAAGAACGUUUUUUAAGGGUCAUAGAAAAGCUUAAAGUUCCCGAUGGAUACGGGUCUAAUUUGCAAAGAUGCGUAAAUAUUAAGCAGCGUAAACUUAUAAAUUUGAAAAGCCAUGACAAUCAUGUCCUCAUGCAAGAUAUUCUUCCUAUUGCUUUAAGAGCAUCGAAUGCCACUAAAGUUAUUGACUUGCUUGAGGAGUUGUCUGACUUUUUCAAGAAUAUUUGUUCGACCACUAUUCAUUCUGAUGACUUGGAUACCAUUCAGUCAAAGCUUGUAUUGACUCUUUGUAAGUUGGAGAAAGCUUUUUUACCAAUAUUCUUCACAAUCAUGGUUCAUCUACUAAUCCAUCUAGUGGAUGAGGUCAAACUUGGCGGACCUGUGCAAUACCGAUGGAUGUAUCCCAUUGAAAGGUACUUGGCAUUUUUGAAAUCUCAUGUAAGCAAUAAAGCCCAACCUGAAGGGUCAAUUGCGGAAGGGUACCUCUUAUGGGAGACAAUUACAUUCUGCUCUAGAUAUUUAGAAAGUGUCGAGACCAUAUUCACCCGACCGAAAAGAAAUGAAGAUGGUGUUCUAGACAAUGACACCUAUUUAUAUCAUUCGGGUUGUCGUGUGGUUGGAAAGCAAGAAAACGUUCGUCUCGAUGACAAAAGUUUAAGACAAAUCCAUCGCUAUGUUUUGCUUCAUUCAGAUGAGAUGAAACCGAUUAUUGAUGCUUUCAUAUGCCAAAAACGGCACGAGGAUGAAUGUGGAGGAAGUCAAUCCAACGAAAUUGUUGAAAAUGGGUGGAUAAUCAAUGAGUUCCCUGAGUGGUUGCGAAAUCAGGCCUAUAACAUAGAUGUUAGUACAACAGAAGGAAAGUUGAGAAAAGCUUUGGCCGGUGGUUUAAGUAAUUACAGCAAAAAACUUAAAAGCGUCAUUGUCAAUGGCUACAAAUUCGAUACUGUGGAACGCGAGCGAUUUCGCAAGACACAAAAUUCUGGAGUUUUUGUGGAAGCAGAUGGCCAAGAGUAUUAUGGAAGACUCCAAGACAUAUUCGAAUUAAAUUACUAUGGUUCUUUCAAGGUUAUAAUGUUCCGUUGUGAAUGGGUUGAUAUACAUAGGGGUUUGAAAACAAACCCAAAUGGUAGUGUUCGUGUAAAUUUCUCGAAGUUGAUGCACACUGGCCGAAAUUUGCAUGAUGAUCCAUUUGUUUUCUCAUCUCAAGCAAAACAAUGUUUUUACAUUGAGGAUGAGAUACAACAAGGAUGGUCGCAUGUUGUUAAGACUAAGCCUAGGGACUUCUUUGAUAUAGGCGAUGACGAGCCUUAA